UUCACUUCCCAGAAGGCCAUUGGGGAAGAGACGCCAUAGUGCUUUCCUGUGUGCGGUGUAUGCUAGAGUGAACGAGAAAAUCUGAAGGGAGUGAGAGUGUGCUUUGCUCUGAUAUAUUAUUUCAUUCUUGGGCCUUUUGUUAAACACCUCCUUUCAAAAUAACAAUUCUCGUUUACUUCGUUUAUUUUCUGUAGAUUAUUGCUCAGUAUUUAACCUAUUUCUAGCCUUUUUUCCCCUAGAUACACGACUCUAUUUUUCCGUUACCCCAUUAUUUCUGAAAGCAUGAGUCAAUACAUCCAAGUUGCUGAGGACGAGAAUUCGGAGCUGAUAGAAAUUCCCAUCGAGUUAGAUGGUACUUUGUUACUGAGCACCCUCUCUGCCCAGUUUCCUGGCGCUUGUGGUCUUAAGUACCGCAACCCUAACACAUGUGCAGUGCGCGGUAUUCGCCUCAGCCUGGGACAGUUAUAUCCUCCCGAAGACGGAUGGGAAGAUCGGGUUUACUACAGUGUCUUUCCGAAAGAUAACAAGAGGAAGAGUGAUGAUGGCAUGGACAGCGGAGCCAUCAAAGCUAAAAGAGUCAACAAAAAGUGUAGCGACCUUAUUGUAUUGGGCCUACCUUGGAAAAGUACUGAAGAAGAUUUGAGGCAAUAUUUUUCACAGUUUGGUGAACUGUUAAUGGUGCAGGUCAAAAAAGAUUUGAAAACUGGGCAGUCAAAGGGCUUUGGUUUUGUUCGAUUCCAAGAUUAUGAAUCCCAAUUAAAAUGUAUCAACCAAAGACACAUGAUUGACGGGCGUUGGUGUGAUGUGAGGAUUCCAAACUCCAGGGAUGGUAGUCAACAGCAAGUAAACAGUAAAGUGUUUGUUGGCCGGUGUACAGAAGACAUGACUGAAGAUGACCUUCUCACUUACUUCUCUAAAUAUGGUGAAGUCAUUGAUGUCUUUAUCCCCAAACCAUUCCGGGCGUUCGCAUUUGUUACAUUCACUGAUCCUGAUGUUGCUCAAGCUUUGUGUGGCGAAGACCACAUUGUGAAGAAUGUCAGCGUUCAUGUGAGCAGUGCACUGCCGAAACCUGCAGAUAAACAUAAUAGCGGCAACUCUGGCAACUGGGAUAGGCGUGGUCCUCAAGGCAACUAUAAUCAAGGUUAUGGACAGGGUGGGUGGAAUCAGGGAAACCGCAAUAGUAAUGGCAACAUGAAUGGACCCCCGAUGAAUUUUGGCAACUUUCAGAUAAAUCCAGCAAUGUUGGCAGCUGCUCAGGCCAUGCUUAGUGGGCCUGGGGGGUGGGGGCCAUUAGGAAUGGGACAAGGUGGAGGUGGAGAGUCUAACAGUCAAAAUAGCAACCAAAGCUUUGGUAGUAUUGGUAGUGGUCCCAAUAACAAUUAUUUGGGUUGGGGUGGCCCUGCAGAAAAUGGUCAAGGGCAUUCAGCAAAUUGGGGGGGUUCACUAUCAAAAUCUGGUGGAUGGAAUUAACGGCUGAUCAUUGUUUGCAAUGCAUUUUAAUAUAUUUUUUCCUCCAUCUUUUUGUCUUUUCUUCACUCAGUCCCAUUCAUACCUGAUUCACUGUUCUUUAGCAGUUGUCACGUUUCUUUUUGAUCUUGUCAAAUUUGCCAUAAGUCAAGGUCUUUUCAUUUAAUCACUCUCAGUCCAGUUUUCUAAUUUUAAGUGUGUAUGUAUUAUAUAUGUAUGUUUAUAUAUGAUGUAUACACACUGACAUUUUAUUACCUGGACUGUCAUCUUUAUUUUGAUCCCCCCCUCUCCUUUCUUUCCCCCUCUUCAUACUUUUGUUAUACAUGUUUGUUGAAUGUUGUGAGUGAUGUCAUGCUUCACUUUCCCUUAACUGCCGACCAACUUUAGACAGCAGCACUUUUAGAACAGUCCCUCUACAUACAUCUCUAUAUCAUGCAUUUUCACUUGAUUCAGUGCAAUUUUGUAUUGUUAAGUGAAAUUUUUUGUGCAGCUUUACUUUGAAGAGAGACAUUGUGAACUGUCUAAAUUGUCUCCCCUUACCCUAUACAUUCCUUCUUCAUUUCCUUCAUUUUGCUCUUGGAUGAGCAGCUUUCUAUCAUUUCAUCUAUUCAUUUUUUUUUUCCUGCUCGGUAAUGUGACUCUCCUAGAAAUUCCACUAAAAUAUACUUUCAUCUCCCCCCUCAUCGUUUGAUUUUUCUGCUGCUGUAUUGCCUGAAAAGAAUCCCUUACUGACUUUUCUUUUCCAUAUCUCCUAUUUGUAAACAUUUCCCUUUAUUUUAUUUUAUUUUUUUUCUUUCUUUUGAAUGAGUGUUAGCUUUGGUCUGGGUCAGUGAAGAUCAUUUUAGUUGUGUGGUGGGUGACCAUUGGUAAUAUGUAAAUAGUUGCCAGUCGUUUGGAUUGCACGCACGGACUGAUGCACGCAUGACAGAUGUGAACGAACUGAAUCAACUUUGUUGAAUGGGUGACGGAUGUCUCCUUUUUUUGCGUGUUGAAUGGGAGCUGAUCUGUAGAGAAAGUAAAUAAAUAUAAAAUGCA